AUGAAUAGAAAUUAUAGUUUUGAUAGUAGUUUAAAUAGUAGUGGUAAUAUUGUUAACAAUAAUGGAUUGAAUAAUAGUAGUAGUAGUGGUGGUGGUGGUAAUACAGCAAUGUCAUAUCAACAACCAACUAUUAUAGGUGGUCAGUACAAUCCUUUGUGUUUCAGUAAGGAGGUGUUUGUUGCCGAUACAUUCAAAGUCGAUCAGUUCAUCGCCGACUGUAGGAAGCGUGUACCACUCGAGAGUGUUCAGAAAGACCUGAGAGAAUACUCCAAGUGUCUCGACACUGAACUGGUUGAACUCAUCAACCGAGAGUAUCAUUCAUUCUUCUCAUUGUCAUCGUCACUCGUUGGUAUCGAUGUCGUACUAAAUGAAUUCAACGAUACAUUGUCAUCUAUUAAAUCUGAAAUAACUACAUUCAAAGGUGAUAUUCAUAAAGUUAGAGAAUGUGUUGAAGAUAAACUUAGAGAGAAGAAACAGAUCGAUCAUACUAAGCAGCUGCUGCAGUUGUAUAUAUCGAUAUCGGAAUCGAUUACACAUAUUCAUAAUCUAUUCGAUCAAUUAAGUUUGUUUAAUAAUACAGGUCAACCUAUUAAUAGUAAUAGUUUAUCACCUACAACAACUACUACUAUUAUAUCAUCAUCAUCAUCAUCAACUUCAACAACAGCAGCAAAGAAUACAACAUUAACACUUGAACUUGUAAUUGAACGUAUAUCAAAUACAUUCUAUCAGAUACAGAAUCAAUUGCUUACUCUAUCAUCCGAAGAGUCAAAAUUAAAGAUAUUUCAACAAUUGAAUAUGAAAUUAUUAGAACUAUCGAACCAAAUUGAAUCAAAGAUUGAACCAAUAUUCACAGAGACAUUGAGAUGUAUUAUAAAAGUAGAUAGUGAGAUAGUACCAAAUACAAUUGUUGAUAUAUUAUUCAAUUGUCUCAAACUGUAUCAAGUCAUCAAGAAACUCUCGCUACCAUAUAAAAUAUUUAGAAAAACAAUAGUUAAACCUCAUCUAUCAUCUAUUAUAAAUAUAAAGAAUCUUGAAGGUAAUAACAAAGGUUCUUGUGAUGGAUUAUCAACUAUCUAUCAACAAAUUAAAUCAUUCUUAAAUGUAGAAUGUUUAUCAUUUAGAAAGUUAUGUAGUAAAGUUAAUGAAUUGUUUAUAUCUAGUAAGUAUAACUUUGUGAGUGAAUCGUUGAUGCCAGAGUUAGAGGAACAAUUUGCAUUGCUGAAACCUAUCUAUGCAACGGGAAUACCGGAUUUGUUCUUCAAGACAUUUAUGCUGAGUUGCCAGUUUGUUGCUACUCUCGAGGAGACUAUGUUUGACAGUGUCGAGCAGCUGCGUGACUUGCGACAGUCGCCGAGCUAUGCCAACUUUUUCAAGCGUUGGAACUUUGCCAUCUACUUCCAGCUGCGAUUCUCUGAGAUUGCACAGCAACUGGAACGUUCGCUCUCUCAGACCACUUGCUACGACACCAUUGCCAACCUGCAGAAUCCUCAGGUCGAACAACACCAAUUCCACCUGUCACAGACCACCUCGCUCUGCGUCACCGCAGCACACUGCUGGUCGUCUAGUAUCUUCAUCUACGAGCUAAGCUCAAAGUUCUUCCGUUUGUUUCUACAGCUUAUUCAACGAUAUGAACACUAUGUACUGGAAGCAGUUCAACAUAUUGAAUCACCAAACAAGUCAAACAUUGUAACUACAUCACCAAUAACAACAACAACAACAACAACAACACCAUCAUCAAAUAUUACUUCACCUACAGUUGCUUCACCUACAACCACAUCUACAUCUACAUUAUCUACUCAACAACAACAAGAUCAACGAUCAAUCAACAAAUAUACACCACAAGAGAAUUUAGUUUAUUUAUACUCCGAUAUAUUAAAGUUAAUCGAUAAGAUAAAUAAUGAAUUUAAACCAAUGGUUACUAAAGCAAUCAACAAUCCUUUGAAAGAAAUCGAAGAUCUCAUUAACAAUUCGUUAAGUGAAUCUGUAAAGUCAUUACAAUCAAUACUACAGAGAAUAUCUAUCAUUAUUGUUAAUCACUUUACCUCAAAGUGUUCAGAAGGUCUAUCCUUUAUAAACUCAUUGACAACCACCUAUAGAUUGACCAACAAACCUAUGCCAACAAAACCAUCAACCUAUGUACAACUACUCGUCAAUCCAUUCGAAUCGUUUUUGAGUAACAAAGCAAAUUCUAUUCCAUCGACAUUCAAAUCACAAUGGUCAAACGAUAUAUUUAUACCAAUAAGUGAAAAAUUCUAUGAGAAUGCCAACGGUGUAUUAUCAUCAUUUAGCAAAGCAGAUGAAAUUCUAAAUAAACUAAAGAAGAAGACGACAGCGGCUUCGAGCACAACAACACCACCAGUAGUACCAACUCACAACACUGACUACGAUAAGAUGUCACUUCAACUGUAUCUCGAUGUGAUAAAGUAUGGACAACUCAUUCAAAAGACUGGUGUCGAUGUUGACAACUCUGCCAACUACCAAAAGCUUCUUCAACUGGUUGAACCAUUUAAAAAAUAUUUGGUUUAA